CAAGGGGAGGAGGUGGGAUUAGAGCCUAAGCAGCCCAUAGUACACCGCGCCACCAAUGACCCGGAAGUUAGUUUAAACCAUGGCUGCCCUAGGAACAUUUAGAGCUGUGGGUGCUCUCCUUAGAAGUAACGGGAGUGUUCACAUACGGGGAUACGCAAAGAAAGCGGUUGUUAAAGGGAAAGGAAAAGGACUUGUUAAAGAAGUUCAGAAAGGCCCUGAAGUUUGCAAAGACCCAUAUAUCUUGGCCACAAAUGCUAUGGGGUUGAAUAUAUACAAGUCUGGUUCAGAUGUGCAGCUAAAAGACGAUUCUCAUUACCCAGAAUGGCUUUUCCAGCUAAAUCUCGGUCCACCUAAACCUUUGGAAGAGCUAAGUCCAGAUACUCCUCAGUACUGGAAACGGCUUAGAAAACUGCACAUGUGGAGGAACAACCGUCUAGCCAAAGUGAAGAAAUUCUGAUCAAUUAAUGGUUCUGCUUUUGUUGUUUUUGUACUCCUGCAGAGUAUUGCUUGUUGGCAUGCUUAUAAACAACUAUCAAACUUUUCAAUUAAAUUAUUUUUCUUAA